ACAACGCAUAAUGCGUAUUCAUAUUUUAUAUUUUCAUAUUUUAUAAUUCAUAUUUUAUAUUGUGAAACAAAGAUCAAAUUGUAAGGUUAUUCACGCAUUUAUUAUAUAGUCAUUAUAGUAUUAAAUUUGUAGUAAUAUAUAUGGCGUGCUUGUAUAGUCGAAUAUAACCUAGUCUCCGAAAUUACUCUUUCAAUUCAGUAUGCGAUAUAGAUUGCCGUAAUAAUAUUUGGUGGUUGUAAUUGCAAUUUAUUACUAUUACGAGUUGAAAAUAACGUGUAGGGAAUAUCUUUACUUAAGGAUAAAGAAGAGGAUGUAUUGCUCGUACAGUCAUAUUUCAAGUUAAAACUAAUGCGAAUCGUAGUGCAUCUCACAAUCGGCGAGAAAGAUAAGCUUAUUGCUUUAAAGAAUGAACUGGAAACGAAAAGAGAACUCAACAAAGAAAUCUCUUCUGCCAAGUACGCUUCAUCGGCCAAAUCUUCCAAAAGACCUCGUACUUCAAUAAACACAGGACAUAAAAAAACAGAUCUCUCUACGAAGGUACAGAGAAAAGAACUACGUUUCAAUCGCGCAAACGAUAGAUAUGCACCAAUUGUUGAAAUCGAUUUGCUAAAGGUUUUGACAAAGACGCCAAUUUUUCUCGAAAAUGAUUCAAUUCGUUCCUUUUUCACUGAGAGUGUUUGUUCGUUGGGGAUUUUGCCAUUGAAUAUGGCUAAAAUUGAGCUUGAAAAAGCUAAAGCGAUCGCAUUACGUUAA